UUGUUCCUAUAUGGCGUGCACAGAACGCAGAGGCGCAUCUUAGCCAUUUCGUGCGCAAUAGGUUCUCUAAUAAUCACAUACAAAUACCAAAUACCAACAUCCUUUCCCUCUUCUCAGAGCUCUGAUCAAACAUUCUCUCUCUCUCUCUCUCUCUCUGCCCUAAAGGGAGCCUUUGGAGGUUAUUUACUGGUGUGCAAAUCUAUCAGCAGUGAAAAUGUAUUUUGAUGGAUAUGGGUAUCAUGGGACGUCAUUCGAGCAGACAUAUCGAUGUUAUCCUGCAUCAUUUAUUGAAAAGCCACAACUUGAAAGUGGUGAUAAAAUUAUAAUGCCUCCCUCAGCCCUUGACCGCCUUGCAUCGCUACACAUUGAUUAUCCAAUGUUGUUUGAGCUUCGUAAUGACGCUGCUGAGCGGGUCUCUCAUUGUGGGGUGUUGGAGUUCAUCGCAGAAGAAGGCAUGAUCUACAUGCCUUAUUGGAUGAUGGAGAAUAUGCUCUUGCAAGAGGGGGACAUUGUGCGACUGAAAAAUGUGACUCUUCCAAAGGGAACAUAUGUUAAACUUCAACCCCAUACAAAGGACUUUUUAGACAUCUCAAAUCCAAAAGCUAUCUUGGAGACGACACUAAGGAAUUUUUCCUGCUUGACCAUUGGGGAUAGUAUUAUGGUAGCAUACAACAACAAGAAGUAUUAUAUAGAUAUCAUUGAAUCAAAGCCUUCUAAUGCAAUAAGUAUAAUUGAGACAGACUGUGAGGUGGACUUUGCACCUCCUCUUGAUUACAAGGAACCUGAAAGGCCUGUGGCACCUGUUCCUCUUAACAAGGCAACAGCUCAAGUUGAAGAGGACCCUGCUGCGACUGAACCAAAAUUCAACCCUUUUACUGGAGCUGGAAGGCGCUUGGAUGGUAAGCCUUUGAAGUAUGAGCCAGCAUCAGCUUCCUCAUCAGGGUCCAAAGACAAGAAACCUGUGGCCACCAAUGGAACUGCACCACCUUCUGCAGGAUCUAGUUCACAAACUGCCAAUCGUCAGGCUCAGGGAAAGCUUGUUUUUGGAGCAAAUGCCAGCCGUAUUCCAAAGGAGACACCAAAGAAGGAAGCUACAAAAGACGCUAAACAAGAGCAGCAACCUGAAAAGAAAGAAGAUCCCAAGUUCCAGCCAUUUACCGGGAAAAAGUACUCGCUUAGGGGUUGAUUGAACUCUGAAAUCACCGUCUCUUUUUAACUUAUGUUGCUCCUGCUAUCUGACCUCUGGUGCAGAUAGUAGAAGAUUCUAAACUGAUCUCAAAUGUUGUAAUAUUGAAUGAAACACUACACUUGCUGAAACUGAGGAUAGAAAUACAACUUAUGUUUGUGAAGCAUCUGUUUUCCUUUUGGCACCCUGGAUCCUUUGCCUAUGUCAUUAUUACAGUGUUGAACUUGAGCUGUUUGAGCUCAUUCUGGUGUACCG